GGCAGCUGCACAUUAAUUCAGAGAGAUACAUACAUUCAUACAUCGACGGCCAAGCUAGCCCUCGUCGGAGCAAGGAGGGCCGGAGACUGAUCAGUUUGAUAUGGCGAUCAGGAACGUGACGGCGGCGACCCGGUCGCUGGACGGUGACAUGACGGUGGACGAGUUCAAGGAGUGGCUCCGGCGGUUCGACGUGGACCGCGACGGCCGCAUCAGCCGCGACGAGCUGCGGUGCGCGAUGCGCACCAUCCGGACGCGCUUCUCGGGGUACAAGAGCAAGCGCGGCAUCGAGUACGCCGACGCCGACGGCGACGGCUACGUCGACGACGGCGAGGUGGACGGGCUCAUCGAGUACGCGCAGAAGAGCCUCGGGCUCAGGAUCGUCGCCUACUAGAGAGGAGUCUAGCUAGGUCUCUAUUAAGCGAAGCUAGCUCCAUAUCUACCCAUGCAUGCUAGAAUAAGCGCUGAUCUAUCGUUUGCUACUGCCCUGUACCUUUGCUUUCUUGUCUACUUAUUGGCUAAUUUUGCACCGACGUGUGCGUUUGUGAUAUACUAUCAUGAUGUAUUUGCAGCGUAUUUGGCACAGGCGGCCGGCAGGCUAGGCUCGCCUUUCCUGCACGGCUGCCGUCGUUGUUAAUUUGCCCUGUCUGAGAGAAACUGAAAGUGUGUUCUUGUC